GCCCCCCACCCCUGGCAGACAAAGAGCCUGGGCACAGUCGCCGCCUGGCCUCCAGCGCUCCGAGGAGGCGGCUGCGUGCGCUGUGGUUCGCGCGGGAGGUGCGCACCGUGGAGAUGGGCCGCGAGACGCGCCUGACUCGCAUCUGCUGCUGCUGCUGCCUCCUCUACCAGCUGGGCUUCUUGUCGCAGGGGACCAUCUCAGGGUUGCAGCUCACACCCGACCCCGAGGAGUGGGAAGUCGUGUUUCCUGCACUCUGGCGCCGGGAGUCGCAGGACGCGGCGGGCGGCAGCUGGGGCAGCGCAGACCCGGGCUGGGGGCGCGGCGGUCGAGCGCAGGCUGCCGGCAGCUCACGCGAGGUGCGCUCCGUGGCUCGAGCGCCACAGGAAGAAGACGCCGGAGGCCAGUCAGAAUCCUGGUUCGAAUCUACUCCGCAGCCAGGUGGUGAGGCCGAGGAAGAUCUCGAAUCUCAGGAGCUGCCUCGGGGAUCCAGCGGAGAUAUGGCCCUGUCCUCGGGAUCCCCCUCCUCAUGGCAGCCUACGUCGCCCCCCAAACCGCCCUCGUCCCCGCCCCCGGCCCAGCAAGAGGAACCCAGCACAGAGGAGGUGCUGCUGAGGAUCCCGGCUCUCUCCCGGGACCUGUACCUACUGCUCCGAAGAGAUGGUCGCUUCCUGGCGCAGCGUUUCGCGGUGGAGCAGUGGCCAAAUACAGGUCCCGAGUCCACUCGGGCAGAGGCUGACCCUCACCCUCCCACGCCGCCAGACGCCGCCUGCUUUUACACUGGGACGGUGCUUCGCCAUCCUGGCUCCCUGGCCUCUUUCAGCACCUGUGGAGGUGGCCUGAUGGGCUUUAUACAACUCAACGAGGACUUCAUAUUCAUUGAGCCAUUCAACGACACAAUGGCCAUCCUAGGUCACCCACACCGUUUAUACAGGCAGAAAAGGUCCACAGAGGGCAAAGGCAGGGAGAAGUCAACUCUUCACAACCAUCACUGCGGUGUCAUUUCAGAUAAAGGAAGACCAAGGUCUAAAAAAACAGAGAACAGAAGAGAAAAACGGUAUUCAUACAAAUUGCCCCAGGAAUACAACAUUGAGACUGUAGUGGUUGCAGAUCCAGCAAUGGUUUCCUACUAUGGAGCAGACGCAGCCAGGAGAUUCAUUCUGACAAUCUUAAAUAUGGUUUUUAACCUUUUCCAACACAAGAGUCUGGGUGUGCAGGUCAACCUCCGUGUGAUAAAGCUUAUUCUGCUCCAUGAAACACCAGCAGAUCUGUACAUUGGGCACCACGGAGAGAAAAUGCUGGAGAGUUUUUGUAAGUGGCAGUAUGAAGAAUUUGGCAGGAAGAACGAUAUACAUUUAGAGAUGUCGACAGGUUGGGGAGAAGACAUUGCUUCGGUGGAUGCAGCUAUCCUUAUAACAAGGAAAGAUUUCUGUGUCCAUAAAGAUGAGCCAUGUGAUACUGUAGGUAUAGCUUACCUGAACGGAAUGUGUAGCGAAAAGAGAAAGUGUAUUAUUGCUGAAGACAAUGGCCUGAACCUUGCAUUUACAAUUGCUCAUGAAAUGGGUCACAACAUGGGCAUCAAUCAUGACAAUGAUCACCCAUCAUGUGCUGAUGGACUUCAUAUCAUGUCGGGUGAAUGGAUCAAAGGACAAAAUCUUGGUGAUGUUUCAUGGUCCAGGUGUAGCAAGGAAGAUUUGGAAAGAUUUCUCAGGUCAAAGGCCAGUAGCUGCUUGCUACAGACAAGCCCACAGAGCCUCAGUUCUGUGCUGGUUCCCUCAAAGCUGCCAGGGACAGUGUACACUGCAGAUGAACAGUGCCAGAUUCUCUUUGGGCCUUUGGCUUCUUUUUGUCGAGAGAUGCAGCAUGCUAUCUGCACUGGUCUGUGGUGCAGAGUAGAAGGUGAGGCAGAGUGCAGGACCAAGCUUGACCCACCAAUGGAUGGGACUGACUGUGACCCUGGCAAGUGGUGUAAGGCUGGAGAAUGCACCCGCAGGACCCCCGCACCUGAGCACUUGGCUGGAGAAUGGAGCACGUGGAGUUCCUGUAGCCGAAGCUGCAGUUCUGGGGUCAGCAGUCGAGAGCGCAAGUGUCCUGGGCUAGGUUCUGAAGCAAGGGAUUGUAAUGGCCCCAGAAAACAAUACAGAAUAUGUGAGAAUCCACCUUGUCCUGCAGGUUUGCCUGGAUUCAGAGACUGGCAAUGUCAGGUCUAUAGUGUUAGAGCUUCGUACCCAAAGCAUGCACUUCGGUGGCAAGCUGUCUUCGACGAAGGAAAACCAUGUGCCUUGUUUUGCUCUCCUGUUGGAAAGGAGCAGUCUGUCCUUCUGUCAGAAAAGGUGAUGGAUGGAACUUCCUGUGGAUACCAGGGGUUAGAUGUAUGUGCAAAUGGCAGGUGCCAGAAAGCUGGUUGUGAUGGCUUAUUGGGGUCUCUGGCCAGGGAAGAUCAUUGUGGCAUAUGCAAUGGCAAUGGAAAAUCAUGCAAAGUCAUUAAAGGCGACUUUAAUCACACAAGAGGGGCAGGUUAUGUGGAAGUGUUGGUGAUACCCGCUGGGGCAAGAAGAAUCAAAGUCGUGGAGGGGAAGCCGGCACAUAGCUACUUAGCUCUUCGAGAUGCUAGCAAACAGUCGAUAAACAGUGACUGGAAGAUAGAACAUUCUGGAACAUUCAAUCUAGCUGGAACUACAGUCCAUUACAUAAGACGAGGCCUGUGGGAGAAGAUCUCUGCCAAAGGUCCUACAACCACACCUUUACAUCUCCUGGUACUUCUGUUUCAGGAUCAGAGCUAUGGUCUUCACUAUGAAUACACAGUUCCAUCAGAUCCACUUCCAGACAACCAGAGCUCUAAGGAGCCAGAGCCCCUCUUCAUGUGGACACAUGCAGGCUGGGAGGAUUGCAACGCCACCUGUGGAGGAGGAGAAAGGAAGACAACAGUGUCGUGCACAAAAAUCAUGAACAAGAAUAUCAGUGUUGUGGACAACACGAAAUGCAAGUACUUAACUAAGCCGGAGCCACAAAUUCGAAAGUGCAACGAGCAACCUUGUCAAACACGGUGGAUGAUGACAGAAUGGACCACAUGCUCACGGACAUGUGGGAAAGGAGUGCAGAGCAGACAAGUGGCUUGUACCCAGCAACUGAACAAUGGAACACUGACUAGAGCCUGGGAGAGGGACUGCAUGGGGCCAAAGCCUGCUACUGCCCAGCGGUGUGAAGGCCAGGACUGCAUGACAGUUUGGGAGGCGGGAGUGUGGUCCCAGUGCUCAGUCAAGUGUGGCAAAGGGGUACGGCAUAGGACUGUGAGAUGCACUAACCCGAGAAAGAAGUGUGUUCUCUCCACCAGACCCAGGGAGGCAGAGGACUGUGAAGACUACUCAAAAUGCUAUGUGUGGCGAGUAGGUGACUGGUCUAAGUGCUCCAUUUCCUGUGGCAAAGGCAUGCAGUCUCGUGUAAUCCAGUGCAUGCACAAGAUCACAGGAAGACAUGGGAACGAAUGUUUUUCUUCAGAGAAACCUGCAGCAUACAGGCCGUGCCACCUUCAGCCCUGUAAUGACAAGAUAAAUGUAAAUACGAUAACAUCACCCAGACUGGCUGCCCUGACCUUCAAGUGCCUGGGAGACCAGUGGCCAGUGUACUGCAGAGUGAUACGGGAGAAGAAUCUGUGCGAGGACAUGCGGUGGUACCAGCGCUGCUGUGAGACGUGCAGGGACUUCUAUGCCCAAAAGCUACAGCAGAAGAGUUGACCUCUGGUGGGCUGGCUGACUGGCUCAUAGCUUUUUGCUGUUACAUUAUUUAUACACACACACUAGCAUGUUCUCCAGACCAAAUAUUAUCAGAUUUCAUAUAAUUUAAUCAAAUUAAUUUAUUUGCCUGCCAGACAUCUAAUGUGGUGUUUGUGUUGGUUAUUCAAACAUUUUUUACUAUGAAGCUUCAUAAAUAAUUUUAUAUGAAUUGAGUAAGUUGGGUCUAGUAAACUAAUAAAAAAGAAAUGAUAUUUGUUUUUCAUUUAGGGCUGUCUGUAAGGUGCUAUUUUAUCUCCACCAAUACCAUUAAGUUACCCAGUGUGUACACUACCUUGGCAUGAUAGCUUAGCUAUAUAUGCAGAAAAUGACCUAUUUUCUUGUGUCCUGCUGCAGAACCUGCCCAUUUUCUGUAAUCUGCAGGAGAUGUGUAAACAGAACAAACCUCACUGUCUUGAACAAGUUUAAGAGAAUGUAUUAUGAAUGUAAUUCAGAUUUAGAAACAAGUAUAGGAGACCUUCUACUGUAACGAUACUUGUAUAUUAAUAGUAGAAAAGUAGUCAAGACAGAGACUUUGAUCAUGUCCUUGAACAUGCACUUGAACACGAGGAUUGUGGCCAUGAAACACUGUAAUAAUGGAUGCUGAAUCACCAUUGCACUGUGGGUGUGGGUGUAGAGAAGCUGUGGUAGACAUGACAGCAUCCUAUAAAAACCUGUAUUAUUUUGACACGCCAUUAGAUUGUAG